UUCCUACGGGUCAAACGUCGAAUACAUCAUUGUCGUCAUCUUAUUUCAACACCUAUAAUCAUGAUCAAAUAGAUAGCUCAUCGCCCUCUCAUUUUAACAUCUACGAACAGGAUAUUACACCUGAUUUUUCGCUACCUUGUUUUAAUACAUACAAACUCGCCUUACCUUAUUAUAGCUAUGAACAUAAUAUUGCAAACGUUUCAUCGUUUUAUCCAAACGCCUAUGAGUACUAUGAUAAUCCCUAUGGAUAUGAUAGUGCUAUGUCAACCUAUGUUAAUUUCCAAAGCUCUAGUGAUUCGUUGACUGAAUUGGAUGUUGAGGCUCAACCAGAAGGUGCAAAUAAUGGGAUUUAUGAUGAGAGGAAAUAUAAUGAGCACGAAGAUAGUGAAAAUGAGGAGGAAGGAAAAAAUAAUUUAUUA